UGUGUGUAGGGGGAGCUGUGCGUUCCUCUAUAUAAACCCAGAGCACCGCCUGCUCACUGCUGUGUCUCUCUCCUUCUGGGGUCACCUUAGAGCUUCACUAGUCACCCAGCAGGCUGUUUUGGUGCUUCAGCUUUCUGCAAUCAUGACUGGCAGGAAAUUUUUCGUCGGUGGAAACUGGAAGAUGAACGGUGAUAAGAAGAGCCUCGGGGAGCUCAUCAACACCCUGAACAGCGCCAAGCUCCACGCUGAUACCGAUGUGGUGUGUGGUGCGCCGUCCAUUUACCUCGACUUUGCCAGGUCCAAGCUCGACGCUAAAAUUGGUGUGGCUGCACAGAACUGCUACAAGGUUGCCAAGGGUGCCUUCACUGGAGAGAUCAGCCCUGCGAUGAUUAAGGACUGUGGCGUGGAGUGGGUGAUUCUGGGACACUCUGAGCGGCGUCAUGUGUUUGGAGAGAGUGAUGAGCUGAUUGGCCAGAAGGUAGCUCAUGCUCUCGAGAGUGGCCUCGGUGUGAUCGCUUGUAUCGGGGAGAAGUUGGACGAGAGAGAGGCUGGCAUCACUGAGAAGGUCGUCUUCGCCCAGACCAAAGCCAUCGCAGAUAACGUUAAGGACUGGAGUAAGGUGGUGCUUGCUUAUGAGCCUGUCUGGGCCAUCGGCACUGGCAAAACCGCAUCGCCACAACAGGCUCAGGAAGUGCACGAUAAACUCAGGCAGUGGAUGAGCACCAACAUUUCUGAGGCUGUCGCCAAGUCUGUUCGGAUCAUCUACGGAGGCUCGGUUACUGGGGCAACCUGCAAGGAGCUGGCAGCCCAGAAAGAUGUGGAUGGCUUCUUGGUGGGUGGGGCUUCACUGAAGCCAGAGUUUGUUGACAUAAUCAAUGCCAAAGCAUAGAAGAAACCUGAACAGUAGCUGAGGAACAACCAGCACCAACCUGGCCCAUUUCACCACCAUCCUAGUCUUAACGUAAAGCACUUCUGCCCCAUUCGAAGUAAAUCUUUAUUCCCCUCCUCUGAGUAUUUGUGCUGCUGUAAUUUCCUUUUAAUUUGUGCAUUUCUCUGUUGUCCUGGGAGAUGAUUUAGGCUUGAUGUUGACUUUCCACACUAAAGAUAAAACUACCUGGAUUAGAGGAAUUGGCACUGGGCUUUUACGCCAUGCCUUUACAUAACCAUGUUUACCAGCUUUUUUUUUGUGUGCGCGCGCAUACACCGUCAAGUUUACGGCAAAGAGCUAAUAACGGCGAUUUAGGAGGCAAUAGGAUUUCCCCUUACUGUACGUUCUGUGACUUCAGUCAAUAAUGCAUCAACUGUUCUCUGGUCACUGUAUCUAGAGGCUGUUCACGAUGUGCCAUAACCAGGCACUAAAAGGUUAAAGCAAGUAAGAGCCUUGUAAUAAAUGUUUGAGUAGAACAAA